AUGGGGUCCGUGGGAUCCGUAAAUCUGUUUGAUGUAAAUUCACGUUACCAUUUGUGGAAAGAUUUAGUAAAGAUUCCAUUUUUAGGGUUUUUCAUUGUCAAAAUCAAUUCGAAAGCCCCAAUUUCACUUCAGAUCAGAGGAACUUCGCUGCAAAAUUGCAAUGCUUGUGCUGAAGAUUGUGGAUUGAUUGGAAAUCUGCCGCAAAAUUGCAAUGCUCUUGCUGAAGACUGUGGAUUGAGUGGAGACAUGUUUGGGCCUGGCAGUUCAGAUUCUCAGCUGAACAAUAGUGGGACAGUUUUUGUACCAACGCGGUUUGUGUGGCCAUAUGGGGGAAGGAGGGUGCUGCUGAGUGGCUCUUUCACCAGGUGGCUAGAUCACAUUCCCAUGUCACCAAUGGAGGGUUCCCCAACUAUUUUUCAGGUUAUCUACAACUUGACUCCGGGAUAUCACCAGUUCAAAUUUUUUGUUGACGAGACUCCUGGUAGAUCUAACAUGGAAGUGGAUAAUGAUCUCUUUCUUCCGGAAGCAAUUCCAAGAAUAUCACAAGCUGAUGUUGACCUAUCUCGUAACCGUAUAUCUGUUUUCUUGUCCACUCAUACUGCGUAUGAGUUGCUUCCUGAGUCUGGCAAGGUAAUUGCUUUGGAUAUAAACUUACCGGUGAAACAAGCAUUCGAUAUUCUUUAUGAACAGGGAAUCUCUGUUGCUCCUCUGUGGGACUUCCGCAAGGGUCAGUUCGUUGGAGUUCUUAGUCCAUUAGACUUCAUCUUGAUACUUAGAGAGCUUGGGAAUCAUGGAUCUAACUUGACAGAAGAAGAACUCGAGACACACACUAUAUCAGCCUGGAAACAGGGAAAAGUAUAUCUCAACAGACAGAUUGACGGAAACCUGAGUUCAUAUUCAAGGCAGCUUGUCCAUGCUGGGCCUCAAGAUUCUUUGAAAGACGUUGCUUUGAAACUUCUGCAAAACAAUGUUUCGGCGGUUCCCAUUAUUCACUCUUCAUCACAAGAUGGUUCGCAUCCUCAGCUACUUCACUUAGCUUCCUUAUCUGGGAUUCUAAAAUGUGUAUGUCGUCAUUUUAGACAUUCUUCUAGCUCGUUGCCCAUUCUUCAACAACCAAUUUGUUCUAUUCCUUUGGGUACUUGGGUUCCAAAAAUUGGGGAACCAGGUGGAAAGCCAAUUGCAAUGCUGAGACCCAAUGCCUCUCUAAGUUCUGCUCUUUCUCUGUUAGUUCAAGCUGAUGUUAGUUCCAUACCUAUAGUAGAUGACAGUGAUUCCUUGCUGGAUAUAUACUGUAGAAGUGAUAUCACUGCUUUGGCGAAAGACAGAGCGUAUGCACAGAUUCCUCUCGAUAACUUGAAUGUUCAUCAGGUACUUGCUUAG